GAUAGAGUACGUUCUGACUUGAUCAGGGUCGUAUGCUUGAUAAACCUUGAACACGUGGCCAGGAUGGGCCGAUUCUUCGUAUGAACUGCCCUUUUCUAUAAAGGCCACUUGUUUCUCGACGUCUCCUUCGUCCGGGACCCAAUACAGAAACAUGUCUGCUACUGUGGCGUGAAAUCGAACUUGGAGCAGCACGUCGUCCUCGAAAUCUUCGUUCUCGAUCAAAGCGACCAUGGCCCUGCUUACUACCUCUGUUUCCUCAUCAUCCAAAUCCGGGAUCAUUGAAAGCGAAACCGCCGAGUUUUGGUCCAAAUGCUUGAACUUGGAAGUCCGAGGAAUCACGGAUAUGCCUGACUGGACGAACCACUUGAGCAUGAGUUGGACAAGAAAGACCUUCUCUAAAGUCCUGCCACUAUUUUCUUCCGCUGCAACAGACACGCUGUCUUGGAUGUACUUUUGGUGUACUCGAUUGGCAAUCAUCAAGAGGUGAUGAUGUGCUUUUGGGUUCUCAUAGACAUGUCUGAUCAUACCAUCMAUGACAUUGAAAACCUGCAUGUGAACAUUCGCUUCGUUCAUUAGGUCAAUCAUCCAUUUAUUAUGGAGGAGCCCCCACACGUUGAUUUGGUUUACGUGUGGUCGUAUCCGAGCGAAAGAUAAGAGUGUUUCAAAAGAAGCGCGAUCGAAAUUACUUAUUCCAAUAGCGGCAAUGACCGAGGAGGAGCUAUCGUUCUUGUUGUUGUCAACCGAAUUGUGGGCGUCGUACAAAUCUUCCAAUGCCCACCACGAUUCUUUCCACGCGUUGUCGUCGAGAUGGGGUGGUGGCCCCGCAUUCUUGAUCCUCUCCGGCAACCGGUCCUCUUCUUCCUUGCAUUUCAUCCAAGGGAUUUCAUCAAAACAUUUUGGCCAAUGGAUCAACAGUGUCAGUUUCAAAUCAACGUUUGGAUCGUUGAUCGCCUCCUCGAAGUUUUCGAGAAUUUCUUCUACAGCCAGCUUCGUCCGUUGGUACCCCAAAUGCGUAUACCAGAUUUUCGUCACGACAUGAACCUGAAUCUUUUUCUUCCUGUCGAAUUCCUCGCCAAGGCUCUCGCGCUCGUCUUUCAAGGCUUUGACUCCCGUGGUGAUGCCUUUGGCAACUUCCCUCUCGUUUCCCGCCGCGUGGGACGUGUCGAACAGCCGUAUCCGAUGGUCGUCUUUCAAGGCUUCGUGGAUGCUCGUUUCUACCAAAUUUCGUUGGAGGUUCCCAACCCCGAGUCCCGCCAGAGGCACGACGACACCGUUUGACAGAGUCGUUGUGAGAGGAACAUCGUCAAUGGCCCCGGUGGCGUCUUCUUUCCCUGUUUUGAACCCACGAAACAAGUUGGUUUGCGCAAUUGCCACGUAGAAGAUGUUAACGGAGCAAAAGCUCCAAAAGAAACAAAACAGGAAUAACCUU